CUGGUUGCAAAGCCAGGCUUUUGGCUUUCGGCUUUCGGCUUUCGGCUUUCGGCUUUCGGCUUUCGGCUUUCGGCUUUCGGCUUUCGGCUUUCGGCUUUCGGCUUUCGGCUUUCGGCUUUCGGCUUUCGGCUUUCGGCUUUCGGCUUUUGCCUUUCAGCUUUCAAAACCUCAGGAGCUCCGACUCAGAAUCUGCUGGGGAAAGCUGCAGGGAAGCACUCAGGACAUGGAGCAUCAAAACACCAACUACCUACUUCAUGAGGGACUUGGCAAGGACAAGGAAAAGUUGAAUGGUGGGAAGACACAGGCAGUCUUACCACUGGAUGGAGAGGGAAGAAAUGAGGGAGAGAGUGGACUGGGCCAGUCCGGAGCCGCAGCAGUGGAAGGGGACAAAGCAGAAGAAUUAAGUGGAGAAGGUGGGCCUGCUGCUGGUGAUGCAGACCUCAUGGAUAACAGCAACCAAGAGGACCAGGACACCAGUGGCAGUGCCCAGGAGGAGGAGAAGCUGCCAGAGGAGCCAGUUCUCAGGGAUGCUGUGGUCAUAGACAAAGUGCAGCCUAUUCCAGUGCUGGUAUCUGGUGUGCGGCCUAAGUCAGUGUGGGUACAGCAGCGUAGCUUACACUACAAUUUCCAAUGGUGGCAGCUGCAGGAGCUGGAGCGCAUUUUCCAGCAGAAUCACUUCAUCCGUGCAGAGGAAAGAAGACAUCUGGCAAGAUGGAUAGGUGUGAGUGAAGCCAGAGUUAUGACAUGGUUUAAGAAGAGGAGAGAGCACUUCAGAAGAGGACAAAGUCAGUUAGGAAUGAAUGAUGAUGCCCCUGUGGGGUCCCACUCUACCUUUCUCUGAAGAUGGCACAGGAGGCCUGGUGUACCACCCUUGACCAGGAGCCACGUGCAGACCCCUGCUGCCUUCCACCAGCAUGUUAUUGCAUCUCUAUCCCCUAAGCAUUUGUAUGUGAAAUAAAUAGAUUCUCAGUUACUUUG